AUGACAAGAAGCCAUUCCCGAGCACAAACCCCAAAGAAAGGCGACAAGCCACCACCGAAGCACAAGCCGCCCCACGAGGGACACAUUCUCGUAGAGGAGGUGGAAGAGGACUCGAAGAAGCCAUUCCCUGAGCACAAGCUGCCCAAGAAAGGUGAGGAGCCCAAGAAGGGAAAGGGAGAGAAGCCGCCACCAAAGCACAAUCCACCACACGAGGGACACAUUCUCGAAGAGGAGGUCGAAGAGGACUCUAAGAAACCAUUCCCUGAGCACAAGCCACCCAAGAAAGGUGAGGAGCCCAAGAAGGGAAAAGGAGAGAAGCCGCCACCAAAGCACAAGCCACCACAUGAGGGACACAUUCUCGUAGAGGAGGUCGAAGAGAACUCUAAGAAACCAUUCCCUGAGCACAAGCCGCCGAAGAAAGGCGAGGAGCCAAAAAAGGGAAAGGGAGAGAAGCCGCCCCCAAAGCACAAGCCACCCCACGAGGGACACAUUCUCGUAGAGGAGGUGGAAGAGGACUCAAAGAAACCGUUUCCUGAGCACAAGCCGCCCAAGAAAGGUGAGGAGCCGAAGAAGGGAAAGGGAGAGAAGCCGCCCCACCACAAGCCACCGCACAAGCCCCCCACCGAGAACUGA